GUGUAUGAGUGAGGACUGGCGUUGUGUGAUGAACAUGUGCUCAGAGUGUGUUUUCCUCAACCCGCCGUGACCCGCAGCGCCUCAGAGACGCUCACACAUCAGUAUUUUAGCUUCGACACAACACACACCUUCAUAACAGGACUCAGAGCAGAGUAAAGCUGAUGUUCUGUGGGCGAGAGAGGAACAGCUCUUCUCUCUCUCUCUCUCUGGAGGACGCUCAGGCUAUUUACAGAUCCGCUGAGCAGACACAGCUCCCACAGUUCUGCAGACGCUCCGCUUAAACCUGCAGCAUGGAGACCAUGGAGAUGAUGGAGAUCCAGAUGACGGCGCUGGAGGAUGAGGAGCACCAGGAGCAGAGGAGCGACGAGCUGGAGGAGCUCAGCAGCAGUCUGCGAGCGCUGGUGCAGGACGGUGCGGUGAAGCCCAAGCUGCAGUGUGUGAUGAUGGACCGCUGUUUCUCCAUGGUCACGGUGCAGAGCGAGGACAGCGGGAUCCAGUGGGAGACCUGCUCCUCCUCCAGCCGCUGCGGCACGCCGCAGGCUCCAGACCUGACCUGCAGUCUCCGCUCUCCUGCAGCCGCCGGCAGCAUCAUCUUUAUCAUGGACGAAGCCCUGAAGACCAGAAGAACCCGGAGGAACCGCUCCGAGAAAACCAAAUCUGCUCCUGAGGUCAGCCUGGAGGUGCUGGCGGAGGCGGAUCGGCCGGCGAUGGUGGAGGUGUCCAAACCCAACCUGACGGAGGAGCCGGAGGAGCACCGAGCAGAAACACACCAGCAGAUCUUCAGUCUAGUGUCUGAGGGCUCGGAGAUCCUGAACAUCAUCGCUCCAGCUGGGGUCUCCACCGUGGAUGAAGAGGAGAGCGGCGGGCUGGAGGAUCAGCUGUAUUACCUGCAGGAGACGCCGGCCGUGAAGCCCACAGAGACCCUGGAGGAGUCUGGAGAUCUGCAGGAACAGCCUGAGGAGUGUCCUGCGCUUCCAGAGCCGCCGGUGACGGUCCCAGUGCCGCUCCCACACAUACAGCUGACCCGCAGAGCAGCUCAUGAAGAUUACUUCGAGAAGUUCACGCUUCUGGACAGCCGAGCGCCGUCAGGAGCCGCAGCGCUGGAGGAAGCACCGCCACACACACAGGAGAGCGGCGAGCAGCAGGAGGAGAUGGCAGAUCCUCCAGAAGCUGAAGCUCCCUCAGAAGUGCGCACUGCGGUCAGCAUGCUGGACAUCUCCGGAGAACACCUGGACGAUGUGUUUUAUGGCGGCGGUGGAGACCCGAUGGAUCAUGACACUGCGGUCAACAGGGGACGAGAAUCAACCAAGCCCUCUCUGAAGGAGAGCGGCAGCGCUCUGUUCACCACUGAAGAACCUGUUCUGACACCCAUAUUCCUUCCUGAAGGGCCUCCGAAGAUCAUCGACCAGAUCCUGCUGGAGGAGCCCAAAGCACUGGCGUUCCUGUACUCGGACCUGUAUGCGGACGCUGUCGGCUCCAGAGCCAAGCGCAGUGAGGAUGAGGAGGAUGAAGACGCCGCCUCGGAGAAAUCCUUCCACAGCCAGCAGUCGGACUCUGAGGACAGAGGAUACCUGGAGAAGUUUGUGCUGAAGGUGGAGGCUCCGCGGGGGCCCGAGAAGAUCCUGAAGCCGGAGCCGGCUCAUGUAGAGCCGCAGGGGCCCGUCAGACUAGCCGGAUAUCUGGAGGACCACCGAGAAAAAGAAGCAGCAGAAGAAAAGCAUGAGGAGGAGACUGAGGAGAUCACGGACUUCUUCAGAAACAGCGCAUCUUCAUCACCAUGCGGAUCUGCGGAGCCGGAGCCGGAAGAGGAGCCGGUCACCAUCAGGACACCUCGGGUCAGCUUUAAGGACACCGAUACACACAUCAGCCAUCCUCACACACUCACAGACGAUACACACACACUUGCGGACGAUGCUGAGGAGUUCUCGGAUGAGUUCCUCCCGGUGGAGAUCAGUGAGGACUGUCCGGCGUGGGAGGAGAAGCUGCCGGCGCUCAGAGCUGCUGUGGUCAAAUCAGAUGAAGGAAAGAGGAAACCGAGCGAUCAACCAGUCCAGACCCAGAGUCCAGCGAGUCAAGCGAGAGCUGUGAGCGAUCCACACAAACCCUUCCUGGACCUGAGCGUACUCAUGCCUGUGGAGGACCAGGAGGAGGACACAGCAGAGAGCGAUGAGGUCAGAGGUCAGCCAGGAGAGGCUUCACUGUCUGAAUCAGCUCAUGAUGGAGACGCCGGAUCUUCUGACACGCAACUGAUGUGAAAAUAUGAGAUUCACCCCUGAAUGUAGAUGUUUGAGUGACUCUCAGUGCGCCGCACAUACAGAACUUGUCUUUGAGCCGCCACCUACUGGACAUUUAAGGUACUGCACUACACAUGCGGUUCAGUUUUACUUUCGGUUUCUCUCAGUGCCACAAUUCAGUUCAUCUUUAUAUCUCCAGCGCUUUUACAGUGUAGACGGUGUCGCAGCUGAACACAGAUGAAGUUCUAGUAAAGUGAAACAUCUUGAGUCCAGUUCAGUGUAAACGUCUAAACCACUGAAGAGCGAAUCCAAUGAUCCAAUAACACACACGCAGAUGAAUUCUGUGGCUGAUUUGACCAGUGAAACCUUGUCAGUAUAUGUCUGUCAGUGCUCUAUUUAUACUGAAUAUUCACAGGUCACUGGGUUAUUAUCGCCUGUACGUUGUUUAUCAAACACUUCUCCAUGGUUUAUACACUCUGCUGGUGGAUUAACAGAUCCUAUUUGACACAGCUCGUCUCAUUUAAUGGAUUUGAGUUAUAAAAUACUGUAUGAACAUUAGCUGGUAGAAUUGAACAUGUUAGAGUAAAUGUGAAUAUAUGCAUCUGUUUCCUCUCUUUGUUGAAGUCUAACAUGAAAGAUAUCGAGAGGAGCAAUCGCCAGUGAAACUCUCCAAACUCUGCUGUUCUGAGAUCUGUUCAACACUUUUGCUUGAAACAGGGAAAACCAGCAGUACCAAUCAAUAAAUGUGAUUAUAAUGGAAGUCAAUGGGGCAAAAACAGCAGCAAGGACUCAGUCUGCCCAGAGUGUGUUGAAGAUUUCCAAAGCAUUUCCCCAAAAUAUGUGUCAAACUCAGAUUUAUCAGCAAAAACCAUCACAGUUGCUGAAACACAGAGGAAGCUGUGAUCAAAUUAAGACUCAAAAUCAGCCCAGAGUGGAUGAAAACGACCCAACAGCACAUAAUGGUUAAGAGCAGGAAAUGCAGACUCUGCUGAUCAACAUCACUCAAUAAUAAAUGUGAAAGCUCACCUGCUGCUCAGGUAGAAUCAGGAUCAGGAUCCGCUUCAGAUUCACAUCUGCUUCAGAUGAAGAGAGACGUCAUGAAACAUAAAGCUCAUCCAUCAUCAUGCAUUAUACUGUACACACACACAUAUAUUAAGAGCCAGGGGGUGAACACUUUUAGAAACUAAUGAUGGAGAUUAACUGCACUUGUCUGUGCCAAUGGCGUAGUGUAAGUGCAUCGACACAUGUACUCUGGUGCUUACAGCGACCCGAGUUUGAUUCCCGCCUCGAGUUCCUGUGCCGAUCCUCCCCCUCUCUCUGCUCCCCACACUUUCCUGUCAAUUUUAUCUAUUUUAUCUAAAAAAACACAAGAAAAAUAAGAGAUAAAGUGCACUUAAUCUGUAUUCUGGGAAACAUGCGAGUAGAAAAUCCUGAUAUUUCAACAACACAAGAAGAAAUGUUGACGUCUUCAUCCUGUGUAAAAGUUUUCAGCCCUGCUGGAGUUUCCUUCAGGAGCAUCAGUUUAAGGCACAGGUGUCUAAGCCAGUUCCUGGAGCGCCGCAGCUCUGCACAGUUUAGUUCCAACCCUGCUGCAACACACUCACCUGUAGGUUUCAAACAAGCCUGAAGGACUCAGUUAGUCUAAUCAGGUGUGUUUAAUUAGAGUUGGAACUAAACGGUGCAGAGCUUGACACCUGUGGUUUAAUCUUCUUUAAUCGCUGUGAGUCCCUCAGUCAUCCUCAGAGUGAAAAGAUGAAGCUGUACUGUAAAAAUAUCUGUUAAUGAACAGUGUGUGUGUUUAUUUGCAUUAUGGGAUGUUGAUCUGUCCACUUCUGAUGCUGUAAAUGUAACUCUACAGUUUAACAAAGUGACUAUUAUUGACAUUAGAGUAGUCUGAGAGAAUAAUAUAAUGUAUAAUAACAGAAAUAAGGGUGUAAAAUAACAGUAAAUGUGCUGCAGUUUAUUACAGUGUUUCUGUAGUGUAAUAUACAACACCAACACACACAAUACAGCACUGCACAGCAUUACACAUGUGCAGGAAACACACUCUUACACUUAUCAAUGGUAAAAGUUGCUGGAGGAAAGAUCAAGAUCCCAUAAUGCAGCUCAGAAGCAGAAAUAAACAGGAAAACACAACAUACAGAAAUCUGCUAAAUUACAGAUCUUCUUACAGUGUACAGUCACUGCUGGAGUGUUCAGAUCUGCAGAAGAUGCUGGAAAACCAGCCUGAACUCACAAGAAAACACAAGUAUUUUUCGUUUUGUCAGUUUAGAGGCUAAUUCAUACGAGUUCAGUCAUACGAAAUGGUGCGAUUUUAAAAAGGAGGCGUGGCACCUAACCCCACCCCUAACCCCACCCAUCAUUGGGGGAUGAGCAAAUCGUACUAAAUUGUACAAAUUAGAUCAUACGAAUUCAUAUGAAUUAGCCACUAAACCAAAAAGUUACGAAUUGGCGUGAGAUUGUGUUGGGAAAACUGAAGAAUCUGCAGCACAUGAUGGAGGAUUCCUGAAGAACUGCUUCAGUAUAACGGUUCAGUCAUCAGCAAACACCACACAGCAGAAAACACUGAAGAAGAUCAUCAUGCGGAGAGCAUUUUCUAGACAUACCAUCACAGGAAAAACACAUGGUCUUGUUUCCAGAAGGAGGAACUCUCUUCAUUCUGACUCAUUAUUUCUGAACACUACACUAUAGUUUCUGCUGGUCUAGGAAAUGCUGACUGAUGUAAGAGUCUGUAGAUAUCUGGACUAGAAACGAGAUAGAAACUCAGAGUAAGAGCCGCAUGUUGCAGUGUGUGAACCACUCAUGUAAAAUCUCUUCUUCAUGCUAAAUAAAGGAUUAACAUACAUUAAAA